GUGAGGUGACAGGGCAGCAGAAGCCUUAGAACAUGAUCGAUGCCAUGGGGCUUCGGGGCCUGCCGCUGUGCGUGUAUCUGGUAUCUCUCCUUGCCCUACAGGCCAUGCCCGCCCUGGCCUCGGCUACGGGCAGGUCCAAGAGCAGCGAGAAGCGACAGGCCGUGGACACCGCUGUUGAUGGCGUGUUCAUCCGGAGUUUGAAAGUCAACUGCAAAGUCACCAGUCGCUUCGCCCACUAUGUUGUCACCAGUCAGGUGGUCAACACUGCCAGUGAAGCCAGGGAAGUGGCUUUCGACGUGGAAAUCCCCAAGACGGCCUUCAUCAGUGACUUUGCCAUCACAGCAGAUGGAAACGCAUUUAUCGGGGACAUAAAGGACAAAGUGACAGCAUGGAAGCAGUACCGGAAAGCAGCCAUCUCAGGAGAGAAUGCCGGCCUUGUCAGGGCCUCGGGAAGAACUAUGGAGAAAUUCACCAUCCACCUCAACGUCAACCCCCACAGCAAGGUCACGUUUCAGCUGACCUACGAGGAAGUGCUGAAGCGAAGCCUUAUGCAGUAUGAAAUUGUCAUCAAAGUCAAGCCCAAGCAGCUGGUGCAUCAUUUUGAGAUCGAUGUGGACAUCUUUGAGCCCCAGGGAAUCAGCAAGCUAGAUGCCCAGGCCCCCUUCCUGCCCAAGGAACUGGCGGCCCAAACCAUCAAGAAGUCCUUCUCAGGGAAAAAGGGUCACGUGCUGUUCCGCCCCACCGUGGGCCAGCAGCAGUCCUGCCCCACAUGCUCUACGUCCUUACUGAAUGGGGAUUUCAAGGUGACCUAUGAUGUCAGCCGAGAGGAGAUCUGCGACCUCCUGGUGGCCAAUAACCACUUUGCCCACUUCUUCGCCCCCCAAAACCUGACAAACAUGAACAAGAACAUAGUGUUUGUGAUUGACAUCAGCGGCUCCAUGAGAGGCCAGAAAGUGAAGCAGACCAAGGAGGCACUCCUUCAAAUUCUGGGGGACAUGCAGCCAGGGGACUACUUUGAUCUGGUCCUUUUUGGGUCUCGAGUGCAAUCAUGGAGGGGCGCGCUGGUGCAAGCGUCUGAGGCCAACCUACAAGCGGCUCGAGACUUCGUGCGGGGCUUCUCCCUGGACGAGGCCACAAACCUGAAUGGAGGUUUGCUCCGGGGAAUUGAGAUCUUGAACAAAGUUCAGGAAAGCCUCCCAGAACUCAGCAACCAUGCCUCGAUUCUCAUCAUGUUGACAGAUGGCGAUCCCACAGAGGGGGUGACAGACCGUUCCCAAAUCCUCAAGAACGUCCGCAGCGCCAUCCGGGGCAGGUUCCCGCUCUACAACCUGGGCUUCGGCCACAAUGUGGACUUUAACUUUCUGGAGGUCAUGUCCAUGGAGAACAACGGACGGGCCCAGAGAAUCUACGAGGACCGUGAUGCCACCCAGCAGCUGCAGGGUUUCUACAGCCAGGUAGCCAAACCCCUGCUGGUGGAUGUGGAAUUGCAGUACCCCCAGGAUGCUGUCUUGGCCCUGACCCAGCACCGCCAUAAACAGUACUACGAAGGCUCAGAGAUUGUGGUGGCCGGGCGCAUUGCUGACAACAAACAGGGCAGCUUCAAGGCUGAUGUGAAGGCCCAUGGGGUGGGACAAGAAUUCAGGACCACCUGCCUGGUGGAUGAGGAGGAGAUGAAGAAACUGCUCCGAGAGCGUGGCCACAUGCUAGAGAACCACGUUGAGCGCCUCUGGGCCUACCUCACCAUCCAGGAGCUGCUGGCCAAGCGGAUGAAGGUGGACGGAGAGGAGAGGGCCAACCUGUCAUCCCAGGCCUUGAAGAUGUCACUGGCUUAUCAGUUUGUGACCCCACUGACCUCCAUGAGCAUCAGGGGCAUGACAGACCAGGACGGCCUGAAGCCCACGAUCGACAAGCCCUCAGAGGAUUCUCCGCCCAUGGAGAUGCUGGGACCCAGAAGGACAUUCGUGCUAUCAGCCUUGCAGCCUUCUCCUACUCAUUCCAGCAUUCCAGACCAAGUGACCGGUGUGGACACGGACCCCCACUUCAUCAUCCAUGUACCCCAGAAAGAGGACGCCCUGUGCUUCAACAUCAACGAGGAACCUGGUGUGAUCCUUAGCCUGGUACAGGACCCCAACACAGGCUUCUCGGUGAACGGGCAGCUCAUUGGCAACAAGGCCAGGAACUCUGGGCAGCAGGAGGGCACGUACUUCGGGCGGCUGGGAAUCAAGAACCCUGCCACAGACUUUCAACUGGAAGUGACUCCGAAGAACAUCACGCUGAACCCCGGCUCUGGGGGGCCUGUGUUUUCCUGGAGGGACCAGGCUGCGCUGCGGCAGGACGGAGUGGUGGUGACCAUCAAUAAGAAGAGGAACCUGGUGGUGUCUGUGGAAGACGGCGCCACCUUUGAGGUUGUCUUGCACCGAGUGUGGAAGGGGAGUUCGAUCCCCCAGGACUUCCUGGGCUUCUAUGUGCUGGACAGCCACCGGAUGUCGGCGCGGACGCAUGGGCUGCUGGGGCAAUUUUUCCACCCCUUUGGUUUUGAAGUGUCUGACAUCCGCCCAGGCUCCGACCCUGCAAAGCCAGAUGCCACGAUGGUGGUGAAGAACCGCCGGCUCACUGUCACCAGGGGUUUGCAGAAAGACUAUAGCAAGGAUCCCCGGCAUGGGGCCGAGGUGUCUUGCUGGUUCAUCCACAACAAUGGGGCUGGACUCAUUGAUGGCACCCACACCGACUAUAUCGUCUCCGACAUCUUCUGAGCCCUCUGGCCAGCACACCUGUCCUCCCUGGGGCCAAGGCAGAGGAGAAGGACGACAUUCUGACCUGCCGCCCUGGCUGCACCUCCUUAACGAAGCUGGGUCCUGUGUCAAAGCACCUCACGACUUCCAUUAAAAAGAGACCAUGUCCACCCCAA